AAGUAAACUGACCAGUGAAAAUACUUUACUUCUGGUACUUUUGUUUUCUCCGAUAAACAUGCUUCACUUUUGCUAAAAACCAGCGGAGCAGUUGGCGAUAUUUAUAUCCUCUCAGCCGAGAAUUUCAGCAAGACAUUGGUCGUUCUGAUUUCUGAUAUUGUAAUCUCAAAUCAAGACAUUUCGUAAAUGUAAUCAAAUUAUUUUGAGCAAAGUUGCCAAAAAUAAGCUGAAGUAAAUAAUUCAAAGACUAAAGAAAGGUGAAAGAGCCAUCGUAAAGGAGUUAUUUUAGAAUCUUCAUUCCAUAAACCAAUAUGUUCUAUACUGUGAAGCGCAUCCCCUUAGAGUGGAUCCCAAUGCAAGAUGGAACCAAACUUGCAGCUAAACUGUGGAUUCCAGAACCAAUUAAUAAAACUGACUUACCUGCAGAAGAAGGAAAAUAUCCAGCCGUACUAGAAUUUCUUCCAUAUCGCCGCAUUGACUGGACUGCUGCAAGGGAUGAAAAGAACCAUUCAUAUUUCUGCUCUCAUGGCUAUGUUUGUGUCCGUGUGGAUAUGCGGGGAUCUGGGGACUCAGAAGGAUUUUAUUACGAUGAAUAUGAAAAGCAAGAGCAAGAUGACUGCUGUGAUGUUAUUGACUGGAUUUCACAGCAACCAUGGUGUACUGGAGAUGUUGGUAUGUAUGGUAAAAGCUGGGGGGGAUUCAAUGGACUUCAGGUAGCUGCCAGACGACCCUGUGCACUCAAGACCAUCAUCUCUACAUAUUCUACUGAUGACCGAUAUGCUGAUGACAUUCAUUACCGUGGUGGCUGUGUCCUUGGCAGGGAAAUGUUAUCUUGGGCUCACAUCAUGUUCCUAUGGAAUGCACGUCCUCCUCAUCCAGACAGCUUAGGCCCAAGAUGGAAACAAAUGUGGCUAGAUCGUCUGAACAAAUCCAGUGAACCCUGGAUACACAUUUGGCUUUCACAUCAGUCACGCGAUGCAUACUGGAAGCAUGGUUCCAUAGCUGAGGAUUACACCUCAAUAAAAUGUCCUGUGUUUCUGAUUGGUGGAUAUAGUGAUCUUUACACUGAUGCAGUAUUCCGCAUGGUGGAACAUCUUAACUGUCCUGUCCGUGCUCUCAUAGGGCCAUGGUCCCAUGCAUGGCCUGCAGAUUCUUCACCAGGGCCUCGGAUAGAUCAUCUUAAAGAGUGUGUCAGGUGGUGGGACUGUCAUUUAAAGGGCCUUUCCACUGAUGUCAUGAAGGAACCUCUAAUAAGGAUGUUCUUGAGGGAUGGAAUUUCAAUGGCACACAAGGAAGAUAUUUGGCCAGGCAGGUGGGUAGCCGAAGACUGCUGGCCCUCACCCAAUGUUCAGCUACAAGAAUUCAUACUACACAACGACCAAAGACUGGCACUAGCAACAGAGAACUAUGAACAAGCCACUGGCCAAGAAUCAGUGGAAUCCAAUGUAUUUGUCAAAUCUUCAUUUCUUAGUGGAUCAUGGGGUGGUCUGCCAUUGGCUUUUAGUCUCGAUGAACUGCCAAUUGAGCAGGGAUUUGAAGACAAUUUGUCUGAGUGCUGGGAGACAGUGACGCUCAAUAAACCUACUGCUAUAGUGGGAUUUCCUGAGGUGCAUCUGCAGCUAAGUUCUGACAGGCCCUGUGCUCUGGUAGCCGCCAGGCUAUGUGAUGUGUUUCCAAACGGCGAAUCUGCACUAAUCACAAGAGGAGUGUUGAAUUUGACCCAUAUAAGUGGUCAUUCAUCAGAAGAUAUUCAGCCUCUUCAGUCUAAUAAAAACUAUCAUGCACAGUUAAAGCUUGACUCUACAGCCUACACAGUUGCUGCUGGACAUAAACUUCGCCUGUCUCUCUCCUCAGUUCACUGGCCAUAUGUUUGGCCUUCUCCACAGGUGUCAUGUCUAUCAAUACAGACAGGAAGUAGGAGCAAGCUAGUAAUUCCUAUCCGAACUGCAAAUCAAGAAGUUAGUGAAAAGGAUGCUCAGCUAAAAGACUUUGAAUUGCCUGACUAUAAACACAUCAAUUUUCCUGUUGAAUGGCAGAGGAUGCCUCAUAAGGGAAGGGAUCUUGAAAUUGGCCAGCUCUCUGACAAUUACAAACUGACUGUCACCCUGGACAAUGGAUGUUAUAAUCUGAAAGAUACGAACACCACUUAUGAUGAGAUUAAUACAGAAACUUUCACAAUUAAAGAAAGGGAUCCAAGCUCAGCCAAGGUUCACAUACAAGGGCAAGUAAUGAUGAAGAAAGAAGGUCAUACUGCUGAGCAGGAGGACAGUGGACACACUAGAUGGGACACUAGAGUCCAGGCUUCCAGCGAGAUGUGGUGUGAUGAACAGUUUUUUCAUUUGAAAAGUCAAUUGACAGCUUGGCAUUGCAAUGAAGAAUGUUUUGAUAAGACAUGGACAAAGAAAAUAGAACGAUUUUAUGUUUAAAUAAAUGGUUACUUGUCAUAGUAUUAAACAUAACAAUUAAACAUCAAAGUAUCUAACAUAAUAAUUAAUUAAUAACUAAUUAUAGAUUAAUUAUUAAUUCAUAUUAAUAGUGGAGAGUGAGUUGAAUGAUCAGUGUUCUAAUCUAAAUUGAUAUGCAACAUAAGCCAAUCAAGACUCAUUGAGCUACACAGUAUGUUUAUGGUAUGAUACAAAUAACUUCUUGAAGUCUUAUAAUAUUGAUUGGGAUUCUGCGUAAACGUUCUAUAUGUACAGCAGCUAUCUUUCAUAAAUAUGCUGAAACUAGACCAUAAGAGUACAUUGAAUAAAGGGGGUAAGUUUCUAAAGGAACUGUGGUGCUGUGUCGGUGGGAGAGUAUAGCGGGUAAUUUAGUGAGUGAGCUGAAAACGUAAAUUGGCCACCGUAAAGAGUAAAAAAGCUGACGUUUCAAGCGUUAACCCUUUUUCAAUCGCUCUGACGAAAGGCUAACGCUCGAAACGUCAGCUUUUUUACUCUCUGAGGUGGCUAAUUUACAUUUUCAACUCAGCUGUUAACACUGAAUUACUUGCUAUAAAAGUACAUUGCUCCGCCAUUGUGUGCAAUACAUGUUAUUUUAAUUUUAAAUACUCUCUUA